UAUUAUCACAUAUAAUGCUUCGGAUGUUACAGUAACUGACAACUCAGAGGAAAGUCUUGUUCCAACUACCACAACAUCAUUUCCAGCUCAAUUUGUGAUAGGACCAAAUAAUAUAACGUACACAGCCACCGAUUCUUCUGGAAAUACCGGUAGUUGCACAUUUACAGUAAUGGUUACAGAUAGCGAAAAUCCUGUAUUGACAUGUCCACCUGACAGCAGCUUAUCAACUGACGGAGGAAUGUCGACAGCUACUGUCACAUAUAAUGCUUCGGAUGUUACAGUAACUGACAACUCAGAGGAAACUCUUGUUCCAACUACUACUACAUCAUUUCCAGCUCUAUUUGUGGUAGGAUCAAAUAAUAUAACGUAUACAGCCACUGAUUCCUCCGGAAAUACCGGUAGUUGCACGUUUACAGUAAUGGUUGAAGAUAGCGAAGAUCCUGUAUUGACAUGUCCCCCUGACACCAGCUUAUCAACUGACCGAGGAAUGUCGACAGCUACUGUCACAUAUAAUGCUUCGGAUGUUACAGUAACUGACAACUCAGGGGAAACUCUUGUUUCAACGACUACAACAUCAUUUCCAGCUCAAUUUGUGAUAGGACCAACCAAUUUAACGUAUACAGCUACUGAUUCUUCAGGAAAUACUGGUAGUUGCACAUUUACAGUAACUGUUACAG